ACUAACGGUCACGAUUACUAUGAACCCUUCUACCAGUCAACAAGUGCUCAGAUUAUACAAAAAUCUAUUGAGAUACGGCAAUCAGUUACAGUUAACCGACAAGUGGUAUUUCAUGAACAGAGUUCGGGACGAAUUCGAAGCGAAUAAAGGACUAACGUCAACUGAACAAAUCGAAUUCUCCAUUAAGAGAGGUGAGGCCGUUUUGAAGAACAAACGGAUCGUCUAGAGAC